CGCCGCUCUUACGUCGAACACGUCAGGAGCGUCACCAGACACAGAACCACAUGACCAACACUCGCAAAGCAGCACCACUACUACAUCCUCUACGAGCACUGGUCCACAGGAAACGUCGACGUCUCAAUACCAGAAAAAGGUGGAGAUGGACGCAUCCGACAGUACCAACCGAUCGCUACCACUUGGUGCAAGAAGAAUUAACUAUUGGAAAGGCUAUAGCAGGAGAAAAAUCACUCACGACCUGCCAACACUGCCCGUGUCACAACCGUAUAUGCCAUCUAGCCUGAGUCCUUUGCAUAUCUCCACUGCAUCAGCACAAAAGGUGCCCACGGGUAAGAGAAAAACAGACAAAGAAGACGCCUGCAUGCCCCCUACUACAGCAGCCGCAGACGAGGCGACGUCUUCUAAACGAUCAAAACGUCAUGAAAGCGGUGACGUCACGGUACAUCACGCUAAUGGCCCAACUGAACCUCCGGUGUCAUCAGAGAAAGACAUGUCACCCUACCAGACACCGUCAGAAAACGAGAUCGUACCAUAUCGUGACCUGUCCGUAGACGCACCAUCAGAAGAACAGAUCCGUCCAUAUUGGACACAACCCAAAAGUCCAGCCUUACACAUUGAAUGGGUAUCUUCAAUUUCGAAGGGCUCGGUUGAGUCUUGGAAGAAAGACGUCGAGGGCAAAGAGCAAAGCGAAAAGAAUCCGUCAGACAGGAAGCCGAGUAACUCUCCCGAGACCUCAGAAGAUAGUGCAGCGGCUGCAAAUGACUUAUCUAAACCCUCGUCAUCUGUAAUGCAAAACAAAGCUGACACUCAUCGGCAAACUCUGCAAUUGGAAAGUGGUGCGAUCCCAGCAACACAGCAGUCCAGACCUUCAAAGACACGGAAAAAACGGAAAAAAGUAAUCACGGCUGAGCCCAGACAACAGGAAAAUAUCAGAGAUCCGACUGAACAAGCUAAGCCCACGAUAGCAGAGGAGGAGGCUGUGCCGACGUCAAGGAAGACAGAUAACGACGACGCAAAGACGAAUCAGUCAUCGUUACCUACGUCACUGCAGGAACCAGGUGUCUCUCCACAGGGAAGAGAAGGGAUGUCACACACGCGGGACUUUUCUCUACCCGUAAAAUUACGACAGUUCGCCUUACCUGGCAUGGGGCGACGAAACGAUGGGGACACGUCACAGUACCAUGUGGCUACAAGUACUACAUCUAAAAUGCCACGCGAAACGGUAGAUUCUUAUCAAGGAGACGGAGAGAGUGAACAAAAUCAUCCCACACUAUCAAAACAAGCUGUUAAGUGGUUACCAAUGCUAGAUACGCGACUACAUGUUUUGGGUUGGACUAGAGUUCACAGCGACCAACUUUGCUCAAGAAAUACAGAAGAGUCUACAAGUACUGCAUCUAAAAUGCCACGCGAAAUGGUAGAUUCUUAUCAAAGAGACGGAGAGAGUGCACGAAAACAUUUCACACUAUCAAAAGAAGUUGUUUCGUCGUUUCCAAUGCCAGGAACGCGACUGCAUGGGUUAGCAGAGACGAGAGUUUACGGCGACCAACCUUGCCAAAGAAAUGCAGAAAAGGACGACGAAAAUCAUGUAGAGAGGACGACGACAGUGUCGGGAAUGACAUCAGACAUCGCCAACUGCACUCCAAAAGAGCCUGAAACUGUGGACACGAAUUCUCACAGCAGCGUGUUGUCGUCAGUUCUACACGAAGCAACCAUAUACAAGAGACAGGAAGGACAUAGCGACAGAUCUUCAAUGAACUUACAUUCCUCUGCGAUGGCACCAGAACCAAUUGCUUACUCAGAAAGACAAGUACAGGCAAACGACACGCCCGCAGUUCCACAGCCGUCCGUUUCCUCUUACCACGGACAAGAUGGACAAUCUGCAACAGAAACUCAUAUGGAACACAGGCCAUCCGAACCAACUACAUCUUAUGAAAGAGAAAGACGACUCAACCAUGAGACGACACUGGUUAAAGAGUCGUCCUUAGUGUUUCCUUACCGCCGAACAAGUGAUGAAAGUCCUGGAACACAAUCUCACAGUGGCUCUCCUUCUUCAGUGAUACGGGAAGCCCUGCCUAGCUACCAAAAGCUGGUCCAAGUCAAUGGCUCCACUGUCUGGGUCCCACGCUCGUUUGCCGCCAUUUCACCACUGUCAUUUCGUCCUUUACAUGUCAAUCCUGGAAUCACGGGUCACGCACACGAAUCAUAUGCAUCGCCAUCUUCGCAAAUAGAGAAUAUCGAGACGCGUCCACAGAGAGAGCCUAUACCAAUGGAGUCUCAAGAAGCCAUGCCAAACCACCACCAAGUGGACAAAGAUGGAGCGAACUCUCGUGAAAAUCAAACAUCAGAAGAGCAGAACGCGUACAAUGAUCAACCGGCGACAUUUCUGACGCAGAAUGACAUCAACUUUGUAAUAAAACAGGAGCCACUGUCCCCCCUGAGUGACACUGUGAAUGAGGAGGAAAGGGAGUUGAUCCAAGGCGUCCUCAGUGGAGCGUCUCUGGCGGAGAGUCUCGAGCAACAGAUGCUGGAAAGCGGGGACGCACCACCAAGGGAAAUGGAUUGGCAAGAUCUGCAAGAAACAGGCGCUGAUGAAGGCUCGUCCUCUGAGAAAUCGGACGGCAGCCGGAAGUUGACGAAGCUGUACUACUGCCCGCUGUGUUCGUACUUCACCCGUCACCGGGGCAACAUCAAACAACACGUGCGCGUGCACACCCGUGAGAGACCCUUCAAGUGCCCCUUGUGCGAGUACACGGGCGCCAGGAAGGAGCACGUCCAGGUCCACAUGAAGCGACACACCGGUGAGAGACCCUUCAAGUGCGACCACUGCGACUACAGGACCAGUCGGAAGCCCGAUCUGGUCAAACAUCUCCGCACGCAUUCCGGAGACCGUCCGUACGCGUGCCCGAAGUGUGCGUACCGAGCUGCCGUCCAGUCUGCUCUGGUCAACCAUCUCAGAACUCACACCGGGGAGAAACCCUACAAGUGUCCUUUUUGUAAUUACUGCACGGCAAGAAAAAGGGACCUGUCUAAACAUAUGGAGAAACAUAGUGAAGAUGAGAGAUGUCAGGCGGUUGAACAGUACUACUAUCAUCUGAGUAGUAGUGACAAUACGGCAGACGAUAAAUAAUGCUCCUUUACAAAAACUCUUUUUCUGAAAGUACGACUGCCUGGUCUUCCUGAGUAGUAUCAUGAUGGUAUUUUGAUAAAUAAAAAUACAAAACACACAAAAUGUAGAUGGCAAAAAUAAAGGACAUGGCACUUCUGUGAAUGUAUAUAUAUUUUAGUCGAGAGAAAGUAGUACAGCCUAAUAUCUCUAUACGUACCUGAUGGCCUUUUCUCUGAAAGCUUGAUGCCAGGAAGCGACAAAGAUCGAGUGUUUAUUUACGUCGGUGGGACUCCAUUGUGUAAAUUGUAGCUAAAUUUCUAUAUCGUUUGUGCUGGUGAAUUUUUUUUCAGGUUGUUACUAUUGUAAAAGAAGGACAUAGUAUUGGAAGAUGGAGUU